ACAGCUGGCGAACGAUACGAUUUGCAUCAAAACAAACGCUACGCUUCGGACGAAUUGCUUUUCAUGGCUAGUGGUUUGCUCUCUACCAAAACGGGUAAAACGGUGUCCGGAAUGGUCGUGAAAGGAAAAUAUCGAGGCCAUUCAUAAUGCAUCAUGGCGCACGGUGUGUGACCUUCGCAAUAUCCAAUAUUUACCCUGGUAAAGCUCUCUCCAACACUGCACACUCCCAUCGUCAGUUUUGCUUAUCGAACACCAAACCACUCAAUCCAGGGCCGGUCUUUAUCGUCCUUCAACGUUAACAGGUUAAUGCAAAGCAUAGAAACACCACACGGCCAAAGAUUAGCACAGUUUGAUAGUGGAGCCCAGCGCGAUGGAAGACGUUUCAGGCUACGUUCCGGACAUACUUGAGCAUCCGCUCGUACACUUCAGCCAGCGGUACGAUUGGGACUGUGGGUUAGCAUGCAUCCUGAUGGUACUGGACCGUCGACAGCGACAAACGUUUCUGUCCCAGUUUCAGCAGAUCUGCGACGAGGGCCAGUUCGGUAAAAGCACAUGGACAAUUGAUCUGUGUUACGUGCUGAAGGACUUUAAUGUACCGCACAAAUACCUCACGAAAACGCUCGGCGCAAACCCGAACCAUCGCGUGAACGAUUACUACAAAUCCUACACACUGGAUAUGCUAAGGGUAAACAACAAAUUCCGUUACGCGGAGCAGAACGGGGUGGACGUGAAGCAGUGCACCGUCAACUAUCGGUUUCUGAUCGACCACCUGGGUGCGUACGGGAACAUUAUACUGCUCAUCAGUGCCUCGCUGCUGUACUGCGACCUGUGCAAAUUCAACAAGCUGCCUUGCGAGAUACGCUCCUGCCUAAGCAUUACGCCCAGCUACAUGGGCCACUACAUAGUUCUGUGCGGCUACAACAAGCGACUGCAGAAGUUCAUGUACCGUAAUCCUGCCUGCAAAGACAAAGUGUGCUACAUUCCGUACCAAGCAUUAGACAAAGCGCGCAAAGCGAACGGUACCGAUGAGGACAUUAUCCUGCUGUACGAUAAAGCCACCACAUGACAACACACACCCCCCACAGAGCAGCAGCACUUCCACGUCGGGCGCAUUUUGCAGAUGAGGAUCGCGUGACAAACGUUUUCUAGUCUGGCCAGCCACCGCCAGUUGACAUUUUUGUUCGAGCUCCAUUUCCAAUAAAUUUUACACCAUUGUAGAGUUCCAAA